ACCGCCCGAGAAAUCCUCGCCCCCUUGUACUGCUCGCCACAGCGCGGAAUCUCACCUCUCUUCCCCGACCCGAGAGAGCUCGGUCGGACAAACCCACCACCCACACCGGCCGGCCGGGAGAGCCACGAAGUUACUGCGCGCGUACGUCGCCGGUUUCCUUUCUCACCGCACGUCGUCGUCAUGGACACCUCGCACCACUAUCAUCCAUGGCUCAACUUCUCCCUCGCCCACCACUGUGACCUCGAGGAGGAGGAGAGGGGCGCGGCCGCCGAGCUGGCCGCGAUAGCCGGCGCCGCGCCGCCGCCGAAGCUGGAGGACUUCCUCGGCGGAGGCGUCGCCACCGGUGGUCCGGAGGCGGUGGCGCCCGCGGAGAUGUACGACUCGGACCUCAAGUUCAUAGCCGCCGCCGGGUUCCUUGGCGGCUCGGCGGCGGCGGCGGCGACGUCGCCGCUGUCCUCCCUCGACCAGGCCGGUUCCAAGCUGGCCUUGCCUGCGGCGGCGGCUGCUCCGGCGCCGGAGCAGAGGAAGGCCGUCGACUCCUUUGGGCAGCGCACGUCCAUCUACCGCGGCGUCACACGGCACCGGUGGACUGGCAGGUACGAGGCACAUCUGUGGGACAACAGCUGCCGACGCGAAGGGCAGAGCCGCAAGGGCCGCCAAGUAUAUUUGGGUGGCUAUGAUAAGGAGGAGAAGGCUGCCAGGGCGUAUGAUCUUGCAGCUUUGAAGUACUGGGGUUCUAGCACCACCACCAACUUUCCGGUUGCUGAGUAUGAGAAGGAGGUCGAGGAGAUGAAGAACAUGACGCGACAAGAGUUUGUUGCUUCCCUUCGAAGGAAGAGCAGUGGAUUCUCUCGGGGUGCUUCCAUCUACCGAGGUGUAACCAGACAUCACCAGCAUGGACGGUGGCAGGCGAGGAUCGGAAGGGUGGCCGGUAACAAGGACCUCUACCUUGGGACGUUCAGCACCGAGGAGGAAGCUGCAGAGGCCUACGACAUAGCGGCCAUCAAGUUCAGAGGCCUGAACGCCGUCACAAACUUCGAGAUCAGCCGGUACAACGUGGAGACCAUAAUGAGCAGCAACCUUCCAGUCGCGAGCAUGUCGUCGUCGGCGGCGGCGGCGGCGGGUGGCCGGAGCAGCAAGGCGCUGGAGUCCCCUCCGUCCGGCUCGCUUGACGGCGGCGGCGGCAUGCCAGUCGUCGAAGCCAGCACGGCACCGCCGCUGUUCAUUCCGGUGAAGUACGACCAGCAGCAGCAGGAGUACCUGUCGAUGCUCGCGUUGCAGCAGCACCACCAGCAGCAACAAGCAGGGAACCUGUUGCAGGGGCCGCUAGUAGGGUUCGGCGGCCUCUACUCCUCCGGGGUGAACCUGGAUUUCGCCAACUCCCACGGCACGGCGGCUCCGUCGUCGAUGGCCCACCACUGCUACGCCAAUGGCACCGCCUCCGCCUCGCAUGAGCACCAGCACCAGAUGCAGCAGGGCGGCGAGAACGAGACGCAGCCGCAGCCGCAGCAGAGCUCCAGCAGCUGCUCCUCCCUGCCAUUCGCCACCCCGGUCGCUUUCAAUGGGUCCUAUGAAAGCUCCAUCACGGCGGCAGGCCCCUUUGGAUACUCCUACCCAAAUGUGGCAGCCUUUCAGACGCCGAUCUAUGGAAUGGAAUGAUUCGGGCCGCCCGGUCGUGGCUGCUGGUCGGCCUCCGCUCGCCGCUGGCGUCUCGCAUGUGCGAAAAGGGUGGGGAGAAGCCAUGAGAACACGAGACUGACAUGGGCGCUCUCGCACAAAAGACAUAAAGCGGGGGGACUGAAAGAUCAGAGGUACCAGUAGACAGUAGUAGUAUGAUGGAAGAGACAGUAAGCAGCGAGUAGUGUGCUGCAGGAUACACUGACCAUCGAUCUGCUAACAACAAAAUGAUCGUUGCAGCUAGCUAUAGCAU